AAGCUAUGCAUUCAAGCAAUUCGUCCAGCUCUACAUAGAAGCUGGGGUAUUCACAUCGAAAAUGACACAAGACGAUGAGACACCCCAUCUGAGCAAAGACUAUGAUCUAUCGACCCCAAUCUCCUCUACCUCAGGACUUCGACAAGGCCUAACAUCAUACGGCGAUGCGCAUUUCUCUCUAUUCCUCAGAAAAGUAUUCAUUAAGAGCUUGGGAUACUCCGAAGAUGCCCUCUCCCGACCUAUCAUCGGCAUAGUGAACACAUUUUCCGGCUUCAACCCGUGUCAUGCAAAUGUACCACAGCUUAUCGAGGCAGCUAAACGUGGUGUGCAGCUUAAUGGGGGACUAGCUAUUGAAUUUCCCACGAUCAGUGUUCAUGAAUCCUUUUCGUAUCCGACUAGCAUGUUUCUGCGGAACCUGAUGAGUAUGGACACGGAGGAGAUGAUCCGGUCUCAUCCGCUUGAUGCGUGUAUUACGAUUGGUGGAUGUGAUAAAACCGUCCCGGCACAGCUUAUGGGUGGCAUCUCAGCAAACAAGCCGGUCCUGCCUCUCAUCACGGGCCCGAUGUUACCGGGAAGCCACCGGGGCAAGAGAAUCGGCGCCUGCACUGACUGCCGGAAUAACUGGGCAGCUUUUCGUGCGCAGGAGAUCGAUAUCGAGGAGAUCUCAGCUAUUAACGACGAACUCGCACCGACCAUUGGAACGUGUGGUGUCAUGGGAACUGCCAGUACAAUGGCAUGCGUCACUGCUGCAUUGGGCAUGAUGCCGCUCCGGGGUGCGUCAGCGCCUGCAGUAUCCUCUGCAAGGCUCCGGAUCGCUGAAGAGACGGGCGCGAAUGCUGUGGCCGUCGCGAAGAUCAAACGGAAGCCACAAGAGAUUUUGACGAAAGAAUCUUUUGUGAAUGCAAUUAUCGUCCUCCAGGCAAUAGGAGGCUCAACGAACGCGGUCGUGCAUUUGAUGGCAAUCGCGAAUCGGCAUCCUGCCCUUCAAGGUGUGAUAACGUUGCAGACAUUUGAAGAAAUUGGACGCAACACACCCUUAUUGAUUGACUUGAAGCCCAGCGGGGAAAAUUAUAUGAACGAUUUCCACAACGCAGGAGGCAUGUUGGCAUUGCUACUUACCCUUCACCCACUCCUUGAACUAUCAGCCAUGACUAUUACAGGCCAGACAUUGGGCGAGGUCUUAGAUGCGUCUACUUUCCGGACCUUCUCAUUCUCACAGCAGAUCAUCAGACCGUUAAUUGAUCCAUUGUACCCCGAUUCUUCCCUUACUGUCCUCCGCGGAAACCUGGCUCCGAACGGGGCGAUUAUGAAAGCGUCCGCAUCCAAAGACCGCUCGCUUCUCUCCCACACAGGACCCGCCGUUGUCUUCGAAAAUACAGCCGACUUGGCAACAAGAAUCGAUGGCACGGAUCUUCCCGUGACAAAGGAUUCGGUGCUCGUCCUAAAAGGAAUAGGUCCCAUCGGAAAUCCCGGGAUGCCCGAAGCAGGUUUGAUCCCCAUCCCGCGGAAACUUGCUGAGGCGGGAGUCAAAGAUAUGUUACGCCUUUCAGAUGGACGAAUGUCAGGUACUGCAGGCGGUACGAUUGUUCUUCACAUUUCGCCCGAGUCAGCUCUGCCAGAGUCACCAUUUGGCGUUGUUGAGACAGGUGAUUUGAUCACCUGCGAUUUGACUGAGAGGCGACUUCAUCUUGAUGUUUCCGACGAGUUGUUAGGUGCUCGCAUUGAGCAGAGGAAACAGACCCUAGAGGAGCAGGGUGUUUUGGCACAAAGGAAACGGAGACGGGGAUAUUUUGGGUUGUAUGAACGGUCGGUAAACCAGGCGCAAGAUGGAGCUGAUUUCGAUUUUCUUGCUGCAAAUGGACCGUCAGAUGAAUACGAAUAGAGUCGUGUGCUGAAGUAAUUCAAAUAAACCUUGAGAAACAAGCC